AGAAAUAAAUAAGAAUUGAUUUAUAAUUCUUUAAUAUCUAAUGGUUAAUUUUCAAUUACAGUUGCGUUCUCUAUGGGAUUAUGUUUGAAGGCAUAGUAUAUUCCUCUUAUUAUAUUGAACAUGUACCUAAACAUGCAAAUCACUACUGUAUGAGUGAUGACGCACUUUAUUAGGACAUGUUUUCACGUUCUGACUUUGUCAUGUCUCCUAUAUAACAAUUAAGUGUUCAAUCACUCAACACCAAUUCAACAACAUGCUUCUCCCAGCUUCAGAUAUCCCGCCUCCCGCCGCCAACUCCGCCCCGGAAAUGGGAAAUGUCUAUGAUGAGCAGCACUUCCGUGAGUUGAAAUUCUUAGCCGUCGGAGAAUCUGACUCGCCGACCAAGAAGGAGAGGCAGAUUUCAGUGGAUCCUAUAUCACUGAGAGAAUCAUCAAGAAGAGAGGCAAGCUUCAACUUGAUGUUACCGCCUUCGACCGAUCCAUUAAACGGGCCACCGCUGCGGCUACCGCUUAUAAAGACUCCAAAUGUGAGCUACAGUCUCUCCACCUCCACAUCGUCAUCUCCUCGCUUCAGCUUCUCUCUGUUAAAGAAAAAAUGCAAGGAUGAAAGUCAAGCAUCGCCUCGUCAAAUUGAACGUUUGACGGGUCGACAUUCGUCAGCGCAUGGCUACUCUGAUCAUCUCACACAUAGUGAUGAAGAAGAAAUUAAUUUGAGAAGGAGCAAGUCUUGUGCAGAAGGAAGAACAUCUGCACCAGCUGAUGGACUUGAUAUCUACUUUAGCAAGUCAAACACUAUCAAAUACGAAACCAAACAAGAACGAAACUCGAAAAUAACCAAUUCUGACGACGGUUACAAUACAAAUGAAGGUAAGAACAUGGAAGCGAACGAUGAUGAGUUUAAAUGCGGAGUGCUAUGCAUGUACCUUCCAGGAUUUGGCAGAGGAAAACCAGUGAAAUCGAAGAAGGAUCAACAACAAAUACAUCCUGACGUAGGGAACAUGAUAUCCAGGACAGUUUCUCUAGAGAAAUUUGAAUGUGGUUCGUGGGCAUCAUCGGCUAUCGUAAAUGACGACCACGAAGAUGACUCCAUGAAUCUUUACUUUGAUUUACCAUUGGAGCUAAUCAGGACUAGUGUGAAUGAUGCAACUUCACCGGUUGCUGCUGCUUUCGUAUUCGACAAGGAUAGGAAAGGAGUUCUGAAGAACGGAUGUUCAACAAGAACAACAGCUCGAAAGUCCCAUGAAUCUACACGACACGUUCGGUUUUCAACUUCUUCUGCAACAUCCAACCCUUCCUCUCCGGCUGCUUGCAUAACGCCUCGUCUCCGUAAGGCUAGAGAAGACUUCAAUGCCUUCUUGGAAGCACAGAGCGCAUGAACAAAUAUUCAAGCAAUCUUCAUCUUUUCUGCAGAUUGUCUAAUAUAUAUACACCAUUUUGUCUGGAUUUUGAGUUGUUUUACUUGAUAUUUGGUCAGAGUAUUAUCAAAUUUUUGUUGAUCAAUGCAAAAAAUUUCAACUUUUACUAAUGAUUUGAACUGUGCACUAUUUAUGAGGACUUCCACUUAUUCAGUUUACAUAUUUACUAUGUCAAAACAAAAAGCACUAUUUGUUACACUGGAAUUUAUCUCAUUUUUUUUUGGAA